UAUCUUUUUUUUCUUUGAACUUUCUUCUGUGUUCUUUUGUCCUUUUCAUCUUUACUAUUUUAAUUCUUAUAGAAUAAUAAAGAUUCCCUUCAUCUCUCUCCAUUUGCUUCUCACCUUUGCUUCUCUCUUUUUUCAACCAACCAUGGCCUCUCCUUCAAUCCAAGAAGGUGGAGAUAUGGAUCUGGAGAAAGGACUGGAGAGUCCACAUCCGAGUCAUAAUUCUGGCAUGGAAGCUUCGCCAAUACCAUCACCGUCCUCAACUGCAGCAGCGCCGACUCCGGCUUUGAUCCUAACAAAUACCGGCAAGCGUAUCGAUAGAAUGGGAAGUAGCCUCACUAGUUGCAGUUCCGGUAUUACAGACCACUCAGCAACACCAUCACCCUCGUCUAUAGCAAAGACACCAGCUUUGAUCCUAUCGAAUUCUGCUAAGCGAAUUGACAGAAUGUCCAGUAGCCUCACCAGUUCCAGUUCUGGUACUGGAGAACCCUCGGCGACUCCAUCACCAUCAUCAACAACAAAUGCCCCUGCUCUGGUCCUGUCAAAUUCCGGCAAGCGCAUUGAUCAGGCUGCCAAAAAGAAAUAUGUGAAGCAGGUAACUGGACGCCAUAAUGACACUGAGCUGCACUUGGCAGCGCAGCGUGGUGAUUUGGCUGCUGUAAAGCAGAUUCUUGCCGACAUUGAUUCUCAGAUGAUGAAGACUGCGAGUGGGGAAGAUUUCGAUAUGGAGGUUUCAGAGAUACAGGCUAGUGUGGUAAACGAGGUGAAUGAGUUGGGGGAGACUGCCUUGUUUACUGCUGCAGAGAAAGGGCAUCUUGAUGUUGUCAAGGAGUUGUUAAAAUACUCAAACAAAGAGACCGUUACUAAGAAGAACAAAUCUGGGUUUGAUCCAUUGCAUAUUGCUGCAAGCCAAGGGCACCAUGAUAUUGUACAGGUACUCCUGGAUCAUGAUCCCAGCCUAUGCCAAACAUUUGGGCCGUCAAAUGCAACCCCUCUUAUCUCUGCAGCUACCAAAGGGCAUACGGCAGUAGUCAAUGAGCUGCUACUGAGAGAUGGUGGCUUGCUAGAGGGUACAAGAUCAAAUGGGAAAAACGCAUUACAUCUAGCUGCUCGACAGGGGCACAUAGAUGUCGUAGAAGCAUUGCUGAGCAAAGACGCACAGUUGGCGAGAAGAACUGACAAGAAAGGACAAACGGCAUUGCACAUGGCUGUUAAGGGACAGAGCUGCGAAGUGGUGAAGUUGCUUCUUGAGGCAGAUGCGGCUAUUGUGAUGCUCCCGGACAAGUUCGGUAACACUGCACUGCAUGUCGCCACUAGGAAAAAGAGAGCAGAGAUCGUACAUGAGUUGUUGUCCCUUCCUGAUACAAAUGUCAAUGCACUCACCAGAGACCAUAAAACAGCCCUUGACUUAGCUGAAGGGCUUCCCCUCUCUGCAGAGUCCACAGAAAUAAAGAGCUGCCUUUCUCGUUGUGGUGCUCUCAGAGCUAAUGAACUGAAUCAACCGAGAGACGAGUUGAGGCAGACUGUGACACAAAUUAAGAAAGAUGUCCAUACGCAGCUUGAACAAACCAAAAGAACCAACAAAAAUGUUCAUAAUAUUUCAAAGGAACUUAGAAAACUCCACCGAGAAGGAAUCAAUAAUGCCACCAAUUCCGUGACCGUGGUAGCUGUUCUAUUUGCAACUGUUGCUUUUGCGGCUAUAUUUACCGUGCCUGGAGGAGAUCAAGAUAGUGGAGUUGCCGUGGUGGUAAAAUCAAGUUCUUUUAAAAUCUUCUUCAUCUUCAAUGCUAUUGCUCUCUUCACCUCUUUGGCUGUUGUCGUUGUUCAAAUUACGUUGGUCCGGGGUGAAACCAAAGCCGAGAAGCAGGUAGUGGAAGUGAUUAACAAGUUGAUGUGGUUGGCUUCUGUGUGUACUUCAGUUGCCUUUAUGGCCUCCUCGUAUAUAGUGGUUGGCCGGAAACAUAAGUGGGCUGCUAUUUUGGUUACCGUUGUAGGGGGUCUGAUUAUGGCUGGGGUUCUUGGCACCAUGACUUAUUAUGUGGUGAGAUCGAAGAGGACUAGAAGGAAGAGGGGAAAGAAUUCAAGGAGGAGCGGAUCCAACUCGUUGCUUCAUUCCGACUUCACUAAUUCGGAAGUUGAAGUCGAUAGGAUUUAUGCCCUCUAAUCUCUGAAUCUCUGGCUUCUGUUAAUGGAAAAAUGGAAGAUAUGUUAGAAAUGAGACCCGAUAUGGCAAAUGAUGAAAAUAAGAUUAAAUAAGGAUAAUAACUUUCAGCAUCUUCCUGUUAGUUAGUAUAUGCACCCGGCACACCCUGCAUUCAUGGCCAUGGAUCACGAGGUAUGAGCAAUUCGGACAACUAAUCAUGGACUUCUUAGUUAAGAAGUAAGGAAGAAAAUAUGGUUAUUUGUUGUAUGUCCUGUCAAGUUUGUUGAAACCGUAUGUUAGUUCUUUGGUGGCUAAUGGAAUGAGUUUCCGUCCAUCGUUCUCACUUGCAUACGAUAUCAGAGCUUGAAUAUGGCUCGACGUUUCUUGGAGUCAAGUCUGGUAAACACUGAAUCUAUUGUCAGAUUCAAACCAUUCAUAUGUUUCCAACUCUUCGAAAGUGUCAAUAUCUAUUAAAACCCUGGCCCUGAAAUGUAUGAAUGAUUAACUUUUGCUGUGAUUAAACUGUAUUUUUAUUGCAAUACAUGCUUGUUUUUUAUUUA